UGCGAUUGGUCACUCUCAGUCCAUCACAAAACAAUGCAAGACUCCGAUUGCGGGGGAGUGUGAAUUAAUUGGAAAAUAAUUAUCGUGGCAGCAGUGCUUGGAGGCCAUAGUGCAGCCAGGCAGUCCGGGAGUCGACCCGAACGCACCCGCGUAGCAAACAGUGUCCGGGCGCGAGCGCAAGAAACGAAAAGUGACGCCCCAAAAAUCAUAUUGAUUUUGGGUUGCAAUUGUGCAUUAAAUAUUAAGUGAAAAACGAGGGUUGGGCGCGUGGCAGGCCGUGGCAAAUUGUUGCUCCUGUUUCGAUACUCCCACCCACUGCCCCCUCAGCCAGCGAUCUUUCCAGAAAUGCAAGAUACAAAGUGGAGCAGGAGCAGGAAGUGAAGCGGAUUGGAGGCUGCUCGAAAAAAAAGUCUUCGCUUUUGGUGGCGUCCCCCUGUUUUUUAGUUUGGGGAUCAGUGUGCGUGUGUACGAGCGAGUAAACAAACAAACAAACAGAUUCUACGAAAAUGGCCAACAACAGUCGCAGUCGCGCUAUACUGAGCGUUAAUCUCGAUUCGGUCAUGGCCAACGAUCCGCUGCGGGAGCUCUUCGAGGCCUGCAAGACGGGGGAGAUAGCCAAGGUGAAGAAGCUGAUAACACCACAGACCGUGAAUGCCCGGGACACAGCUGGACGCAAGUCGACGCCUUUGCAUUUUGCAGCGGGUUAUGGACGCCGGGAAGUGGUGGAAUUUCUGCUGAACAGCGGCGCCUCCAUCCAGGCCUGCGACGAGGGCGGCCUGCAUCCGCUGCACAACUGCUGCUCCUUCGGGCAUGCGGAGGUGGUGCGGCUGCUGCUGAAAGCCGGAGCCAGCCCGAAUACCACCGACAACUGGAACUACACGCCCCUCCACGAAGCGGCCAGCAAGGGCAAGGUGGACGUCUGCCUGGCCCUUCUGCAGCACGGCGCCAAUCACACGAUACGGAACUCCGAGCAGAAGACACCCCUGGAGCUGGCGGAUGAGGCCACGCGGCCAGUGCUGACCGGAGAGUACCGCAAGGACGAGCUGCUGGAGGCUGCCCGCUCGGGCGCCGAGGACCGUCUGCUGGCACUGCUCACCCCCCUCAACGUCAACUGCCACGCCAGUGACGGCAGACGCUCCACUCCCCUCCACCUGGCCGCCGGCUACAAUCGGAUAGGGAUCGUGGAGAUCCUGCUGGCCAACGGAGCCGACGUCCAUGCCAAGGACAAGGGCGGCCUAGUGCCGCUGCACAAUGCCUGUUCGUACGGCCACUUUGAUGUCACCAAGCUGCUCAUCCAGGCGGGCGCCAAUGUGAAUGCGAACGAUCUCUGGGCGUUUACCCCGCUCCACGAGGCGGCCUCCAAGAGCCGGGUGGAGGUCUGCAGUCUUCUGCUGAGCCGCGGAGCGGAUCCCACUCUCCUCAACUGCCACAGCAAGUCGGCCAUUGACGCGGCCCCCACCAGGGAGCUACGCGAGCGGAUUGCCUUUGAGUACAAAGGCCACUGCCUGCUGGACGCCUGCCGGAAGUGCGAUGCGUCGCGUGCCAAAAAACUGAUCUGCGCGGAGAUUGUUAACUUUGUGCAUCCGUACACGGGCGACACUCCGCUCCACCUGGCCGUGGUCUGCCCGGACGGGAAGCGAAAGCAGCUGCUGGAGCUGCUCACCCGGAAGGGAGCUCUGCUGAACGAGAAGAACAAAGCAUUCCUCACGCCACUCCACCUGGCCGCCGAGCUGCUCCACUACGAUGCCAUGGAAGUGUUGCUGAAGCAGGGAGCCAAGGUGAACGCAUUGGACAGUCUGGGCCAGACUCCGCUUCAUAGGUGUGCCCGCGACGAGCAGGCGGUGCGGUUGCUGCUCUCGUACGCCGCCGACACGAAUAUCGUGUCCCUGGAGGGGCUCAGCGCCUCGCAACUCGCCUCGGACAACGUGCUGAAGUUGCUCAAGAAUCCACCGGACAGCGAGACCCAUCUCCUCGAAGCGGCCAAGGCGGGCGACCUGGACACAGUUCGGCGCAUAGUGCUGAACAAUCCGCACACCGUCAACUGCCGGGACCUGGACGGACGACAUUCCACUCCUCUGCAUUUCGCCGCCGGCUUCAACCGAGUGCCCGUGGUCCAGUUCCUGCUGGAGCACGGCGCCGAGGUGUAUGCGGCGGACAAGGGCGGCCUGGUGCCCCUCCACAACGCCUGCUCGUAUGGCCACUACGAAGUGACCGAGCUGCUAGUCAAGCACGGAGCCAACGUGAAUGUCUCGGACCUGUGGAAGUUCACGCCGCUCCACGAAGCUGCUGCCAAGGGGAAGUACGAUAUCUGCAAGCUGCUGCUGAAGCACGGCGCCGAUCCCAUGAAGAAGAACCGCGACGGGGCCACUCCGGCGGAUUUGGUCAAGGAAUCGGAUCACGAUGUGGCGGAGCUGCUGAGAGGGCCCUCCGCCCUGCUGGAUGCCGCGAAGAAGGGCAACCUGGCAAGGGUACAGCGCUUGGUUACCCCAGAGACGAUAAACUGCCGGGAUGCCCAAGGAAGGAACUCCACGCCACUGCACUUGGCUGCCGGCUAUAACAACUACGAGUGCGCCGAAUACCUUUUGGAGCACGGAGCGGACGUGAAUGCCCAGGACAAGGGCGGUCUUAUUCCCCUCCACAAUGCCAGCAGCUACGGCCAUUUGGACAUUGCGGCAUUGCUCAUCAAGCACAAGACGGUGGUGAACGCCACCGACAAGUGGGGAUUCACGCCGCUGCAUGAGGCAGCUCAGAAGGGUCGCACCCAGCUGUGCUCCCUGCUCCUGGCCCACGGAGCGGAUGCCUAUAUGAAGAACCAGGAGGGUCAGACGCCCAUCGAGCUGGCCACGGCGGACGAUGUCAAGUGCCUGCUGCAGGACGCGAUGGCCACCUCCCUGAGCCAACAGGCACUGAGCGCUUCCACUCAGUCGCUGAGCAGCAGCUCCCCAGCCCCAGAUGCGGCUGCAUCGGCUGCGGGAACCACAUCGUCCUCCUCCUCCACAAUGCUGUCCCCCACGACGGAAACGGUCCUCCUGCCCACAGGCGCCUCCAUGACGCUCAGUGUUCCCGUCCCCUUGCCACUGUCUAGUUCCACGCGCAUCAGUCCCGCCCAGGGCGCUGAGGCUCACGGCGCAGAGGCAUCCACCUCGGAUGAUCUGUUGCCUGACCCCGAAUCCAUCACGAAUGUGUCCGGGUUCUUGAGCAGCCAGCAGCUGCACCACCUCAUCGAGUUGUUCGAGCGGGAGCAAAUCACCCUGGACAUACUGGCCGAAAUGGGCCACGACGAUCUCAAGCAAGUGGGCGUCUCUGCCUACGGCUUCCGCCACAAGAUACUCAAGGGUAUUGCCCAGCUCAGGGCCACCACAGGCAUUGGUAACAACGUAAACCUGUGCACCUUGUUGGUGGAUCUGCUGCCGGAUGACAAGGAGUUUGUGGCAGUCGAAGAGGAGAUGCAGGCCACAAUCCGCGAGCAUCGAGACAACGGUCAGGCCGGAGGAUACUUCACCCGCUACAACAUUAUUCGGGUGCAAAAGGUGCAGAAUAGGAAGCUUUGGGAGCGGUACGCCCAUCGCCGCCAGGAGAUCGCCGAGGAGAACUACUUGCAGUCCAACGAGCGGAUGCUCUUCCACGGCAGUCCGUUUAUCAAUGCGAUUGUGCAGCGCGGAUUUGAUGAGCGCCACGCCUACAUCGGUGGCAUGUUCGGGGCGGGCAUUUACUUUGCGGAGCAUAGCUCGAAGAGCAACCAGUAUGUGUACGGAAUUGGAGGCGGCAUUGGGUGCCCAUCCCAUAAGGACAAGUCCUGCUACGUGUGUCCUAGGCAACUGCUCCUGUGCCGAGUGGCCUUGGGCAAGUCCUUCUUGCAGUACAGCGCCAUGAAGAUGGCCCAUGCACCGCCUGGCCACCACUCGGUGGUGGGACGACCGUCGGCGGGUGGCCUGCAUUUCGCGGAAUAUGUUGUCUAUCGGGGCGAACAGUCUUAUCCAGAGUACUUGAUAACCUACCAGAUCGUGAAACCCGAUGACAGCAGUAGCGGGACGGAAGAUACAAGAUGAUGGAUGCCCUCUGUCGGCUCCACGCCCACAACCACGUCCCCAGCGCUGCAACAGCAGCCGCAGCAGCAGCAGCAGCAACCACAACCCCAGCAGCAGCAGCAACAAAUGAUGCAACAACAGCAGCAGCAACCCCAGCCGCCACAACAACCCCGAUCGCUGCCGUUGCCGUUACCAUUGCCAGCACCACCAUCACAACAGCAGACCUCAGCUCCAGUUGCCAAGAAGCUGCAUGCCAAGCUGGCAAAGCCGCCGCUGCAGUUGCAGUACCAGCACUAUCAGCCCCAGCAGCAGCAAAAUCAUCACCACCAACCGCAACACCACCAUACGGUUGUGACCACCACCCAGCCCGCCCCAGCUGGCGUCUUUGCGCACAACAACAACAACAACUCGAGCUCUGCCAACCCGGGCAGCGGCAAUGUGAACAACAAUAACAAUGACCUGUCGCCGGUAUCGAAUAGCAAUAGCUACUCGUCGGUGGACACCAACCAGACGCUGCUCAACUCGCUGGCCAACCAGCAGCGGAACAAUCGCCAGCAACAGCUGCAGCAGCACCAGCGACCGAAUCGCAGCCAGAGAUAUAGUCAAUUUAUGAUCAUCACACCCGCCGUAUCCAUAGAUCGGGACUUUGAGUACGAGUCGCCCCUGGACUUUGAAGACUUUGCCAAUGCUGCUCACAACAACGGGAAUCUCUUUCGGUUGGGAUUGCGCCGGAGCGACAGCUCCAGUGACGACAGUGGCCACAGCAGCGAUAGCGGCAGCUUCCGCUCGAACUAUAAUCCGUACUUGCACCACAGCCGCCAGCACUUACUGUCCAAGGGGAAUGUCGAUGGCGGCGGGGCGAGUCGUCAUUUUUACGCCUUUACCUCGUCGUGGAGAUGGUGCAGUUUCUUGUGCGCCGCCAUGCGGUGUUUUGGAGCCGGUGGCGCCGGACACGGCAAUGCUCCGUACAGCAGCUCGCUGCAGCACCACCGCUUGAGGCGAUGCUCGUCGUACAACGCCGAGAAUGCGUACGAACAUUUUGCGGCACCGUUUAAGGCGCGGAAGAUGCGCGAUCACAUGAACAACAUCACCUACGAGUUGUGACGGUGGUGCCACGCGCUGGUGGUUAUUGAUCUCUUUGUCUCCGUUGGCCUCCCGACUCUUUUAUUACAAUUACUAGCUAUAGAUGUCGUGUCCUGUGUGUCUCUUUCUCUCUCUCUCUCUCGUUGUUUAUUAUUACUCCACAUGAAUACAGAUCGCGGCGAGCUAACGAGAUUGGUUUGAAUCGGAUUGCAUUGGGUUAGGAUAAUCGAAAUUAGGAAGCACGGUUUUCGAGUGAUUUUAAUUGGAAAUACUGAACAGAACAACCGAAGGCAGAAGAAGCGAUUAUACGAGCUACAAAAAUUCUAUAACGAUAAUGCAUUACAUUACAUUAUAUUGCGCUCGCGCGUUUAAUUGUUUAAGCUUAGUUAAUUUAAACAAGAAUUAAAACUCCAAUUAAAUUUAAAUAUACAUAAACAUAUACAUCUUACAAA